UGUUUUGGUUCACCAGCAAAGACGCUCGUGUUAGAUUUUUUUUUUUUUUGGAAAAUUUGUUGAAUAUUUUUUUUUUUGAAAAAUGUUGAAGAUUUUUGAGAAGAAUUUAUUUUUUGUUAUUCUGUUCGUGGGGUUCAGUGCUGCUAUCUACAUCGCUAAAGAAGAAUGUCCUCCAAACGAGGAGUACUUGCUGUGUGGUUCAGCGUGCCCCUUCAACUGUUCGAACCCUCGGGGGCCAGUUCUCUGCACAGACGACAUCUGCGGCGAGGGAUGCUACUGCAAGUCAGGGUACCUGAGGAAUGACAACGGCACCUGUGUUACCAUGGAUCAAUGUGUUGGCAAGGACGAAGUCUGCGGUCCUAACGAAGAGUUCCUAUCCUGUGGAUCAGUGUGCCCACUCACUUGCAAGCAGCCCGAGCCUCUGGUCUGCGGGCUCGCGUGCGGGAUGGGAUGCUUCUGUAAAGCGGGAUACGUGCGGGAUACCGCUAACGACAAAUGCGUGACUCCCGAUCAAUGCCCUACCGAACAAUGUCUGAAUCAAAAUGAAGUGUAUGAUCUAUGUAACGGCAACUGCGAGCCAUCUUGCGACGAUCCAGAGCCGAUUUGCACGAAAAUCUGCAAGGGUGGCUGCGUGUGCGCACCAGGACUCCUGCGCAACUCCGCCGGCGAGUGUGUGAGUGUGGACAAAUGCGGGAACUACACGGACGGCGCUUUAUCCCAAUAUAUGAAUGUUAUUAAUAAGAUUCUACAUUUGUAAGCUUUAGAGAUUAAUUAAACGAUGCUAUUUAUUA